ACAGAUCCUUGCUUGGCUUCUGUUCUGCGAUUUCCUUUACGUGCUCUGUGCUAUUGUUUACAAGGCUUUUGGGAUUUGUGAUAUGAUUAUCUGGAAGAAUCGUUUCCAAUAAUAAUGUUGAAUAUUCUUUAGCCUUCCCUCUGACCAAAUUUUUGAUUUGUAACACCCUAAAAUGGACAAACUCACUGUAAUAUCUGGAACCCUAUUUAUGGCAGCCGAUGUUUUUGCUAUUGUAAGCCUAGCUAUGCCCGACUGGAUAAUCACCGAUGUUGGAGGUGAUACCCGUCUUGGUUUAAUGUGGUCAUGCAUAACACUGUACAACAGACCACAAGUUUGUUUCACUCCAGAUCUACAACCAGAGUGGUUACUUGCUUUGAUCUGUAUAUUUAUUGGCUGUAUAUGUAUAACUACAACUGUUAUAUUGCUGGCUUCAAGUCAUUUUGAUCGUAAUGUGAUUCCUUAUGCAAGAUGGGUGGGAUUUGCAGCAAUGGUGGUGUUUUGUUUGGCAGCUGUAAUAUUUCCAAUGGGCUUUCAUGUUGAUGAAAUUGGUGGCCAACCAUACCAGCUUCCUAACAGUCAUCAAGUUGGGAUAUCAUAUAUAUUAUUUGUUCUUUCUUUGUGGAUAACUGUGAUAUCAGAGUUAUUUGCUGGUAAAGUUUGUUUACCACAUUUUUAAGCUAAGUUGUCAUUAAAAUGUGUUUAUUGUGAUAUAGGAUGUUCUAAAAAUAAUGGAUAACCUUGUACCAUCAAUAAGCCUUAGUAUGGUCUCUCAAUUAUAAAAUUUUGACCUGUUAAAACUAUAAGGUUUUCAAGAUUUUAAAAUUUUUAGAAAAUUGCCACCUGCUAUUGCAAUUUAAGACAGUGAAUUACAUUUUUAUUUUUUUCUACUUCUUUUUAUAAUACUUUACCUAGUUUGUUGAAUUGCAUGAGAAAAACUAAUUUCAGGUGGCAAUUUUAUAAAAAAUCUUGAAAACUGAUAUUUCUACUAAGGUCAAAAUUUUAUAUUAGAGAUCAUGAGGCCUAUGAAUGGUUGCAUGGUUAUCCAUUGUAUUUGGGACAUCUUGUAUAUUACGUAAUGGGUAGUUAAUGACUGCUAGAUAUGGUAAUAGAAGAAAACAAAUAAUACAAACAGUCUUGGCUUUACUAUCAAAUGCUAAUAAAGCCUAUAAUUUUAGUACUGGUCCAGCAGUGAGCAAACCUUGUUCAAAUAAAUUACCUACUGUGACCUAAUAAGACUUUAAAGGAUCUGAAAAUGAUAAGUACCUAUAUUAUGUUUAAUUAAUUUAAUGCAAAAGUAACAUUUAGAAAAAAAUUACAAUUACUUUAAAUUACAUUGCGUCUUGAAUCUCGGUGUUUGGUCUGUUAUUAAUAUGAGUGUGACAAAGGACUGAAUGGUGUUAACUUAAGGUCAGCAAUGCCAUAAUGUCAUGUGAUAGCCUAUAAGUGUACCUAUACAUUUUAAAUGGAU